GCGCUACUGAAAGUUCAAAAAGUACAUUCUCACUUGGUUAGGAAGUAUCAUUUAAUAUAUCGAAACAUGGCGAUUGUACGAUAUCUCUGGACCUUCAAUAUUUUCCUUUCAACAUUAAUAUUGUGCGGUAACGGAGCUAAAUCCUAUCACGCCGUGGUAGUAAUCCAUGGGGUACUUACAGGUAGUGAUAGCAUGGAGCUUAUCAGUAACAGAAUAGAAGAAAUGCAUCCUGGAAGUCAGGUUUAUAAUACCAUUAGGUACGCCGGUUGGGAAAGUUUACAACCUAUGUGGCGUCAAGUAGAGGAAAUAGGAAUGGAUGUUAUAUCUAUAGGUGCAGCUUUUCCCGAGGGAAUACAUUUGAUAGGCUAUAGUCAGGGAGGUUUACUUGCCAGAGCCAUUUUACAGAGAUUUCCUGAACAUAAUGUAAGGAAUUUUAUUUCCUUAAGUUCGCCUCAAGCGGGACAGUAUGGAACUCGUUUCCUACAUUUGUUUUUUCCAAAUUUGGUAUGUGAAACGGCUUAUGAAUUGUUUUAUUCAAAAGUUGGACAACUUACAAGCGUAGGGAAUUACUGGAAUGAUCCUCACCAUCAGGAGUUAUACUUUAAGUACAGUAAAUUUUUACCAUACGUGAAUAAUGAGAAAACCAAUAAAACUAUCUUCAAAUCGGGUCUUGCAAAAUUAAAUCGUAUGAUACUCAUCGGUGGUCCAGACGAUGGUGUCAUUACUCCAUGGCAAAGCAGUCAAUUUGGAUAUUAUGACAAAAAUGAAACGGUUUUAGAAUUGCGCGAUAGAUCUAUUUAUCAGGAUGAUCUCAUUGGUUUGAAAAUUCUAGAUAAACAGGGAAAAUUGGAUAUCAUUACUGUGCCAGGAGUACCUCAUUAUGGAUGGCACAAAAAUAUAUCAAUAAUAGAUGAAUUUCUACUGCCAUAUUUAGAUUAAGUAAAAUAUUGCGAAUAAAGUUAAAUUAAUAGAUGACAAUUUAUAUAGUCUAUUACAUUGGUAUAACUAUUAAAUAAGCUAUCAAAUGAUAUAUUGAUAUUUUCCAAAGAAUUAAUUAAAUUUUUUACAAGUCUGCAUUUAUUAAUAUCGAAAUAAGUCGAUCCUGAAUUAAAAACGAUCUAAUAAAAUUUUUAAAUAUCUUUAAGUAAAGGGUGCUUGUCACCGCGACUGAUUGUGUUCAUGCGUAAUGUCUAUAUCAUAAAUAUACGCCAUUUUUAACGUUUUAUUACAAUAUAAAUAAAAGCUCGUACUUUUUAUACAUCACUGUUAUAUUGUAAAGCGUAAUGAUCAAAACAGAAUAUAUAAGUUUAUGAAAUCUUAAACAAUUUGUUGAAGCUCGCAUGUCGUUGACAAUUCUGAACUUCGAUUUUCUUUUUCUCUUUUUUUUUCUUUUUUUUUUUUUGUUUUUUUUGGAGGUAUAUAAAAUUUUGAUAAGUAUGCUUAUGUACAAACCUAUGAAAUAAUAAAAGUUUAUUAUUAUUGUUCA